UCUUGAAAAUUUUUGCGAGACUCAUUCCUCCUCGAUCCAGUGUAUUGGUGUUUUGUUCUAGACGUCGUCCCCACAAACGUUUCCGCACGACGCGUGGCCAGCGCAACGCCCGAUGGAUGGAGACUACUGUAUGCUAUUGCUAUCUCGUCCCCGACGCGAACUCUACUUCCGACAUCCGUUCUGUUGGGCUGGGGACGCGGACUCUACUUCCGUUCCGUUCCGUUGGGCAAGCGGGGUAACGUACGCUUUGCGGCCGUCGGCUACUCGUCUGGCCAGACGUGAACGUCUUGAUCUGGGUCAAGCGCCCAAUACUCGGAUCACAAAAGGAUCGAUGGAGUAGUAGCGUGUGUGUGUGUAUACGAUGAGAAGUCGCGUAUAUAGGGAGUAUAUAUAAAAGAAGUCGCGGUACGGUCCUGCCACCGUACCGCAGUCGAGCACAGAUCGAGUUUGCAUCUGGAGCUGCAGGUACUCCAACCGUCGUCUGCACAUCGCUUCUCCCUCCCACACGCCUGCCUGCCAUAAUGUUCGAUCUUUUCUAGUCGAAUUGAAUUGAUUCUGUCGAGUGGAUGGGGAAUCCUGUGAUUUCCAAUUUCAAAUGAGUUGCGAGGUUUCAUAGUCCUUGAUAUUCUUGUAUGUACCAAACAGUUGGACAGCUCUUCAUUAGUGAAAAUAGUAACCGGAGCAUAUGGUGAGGAAUUCAGAACAACACCUGCAUGGGGCAGUUGCUAAGAGAAGAAAAGUAGCAAGAAAUUCACUUUGCAACCUCCCGAUGGAUAUUUUAUCAACGAUCUUGUCGCUGUUGCCAAUAAAUGAUGCUGUAAGGACAAGUGUAUUGUCAAGAAAAUUGAAGCAUGUUUGGCGUAGCCACACCAACCUAAAUUUUGAUACAGGUACAAUGAGGAAAGGUUAUUUCAGGCCCUCAAAAGGUUAUUAUUCAGGCCUCAAGGAUAAUGAAUUUGUUACAAGGGUUGAUACAGUCGUUCAGCAGCACAAUGGAACAGGGGUUGAACAUAUGAAAAUUAGGUUUCGCUUGCACAGUAAGCAUGCAGAUCAUAUUGAUAGCUGGGUUAGCGUUGCCAUCGCGUCGAAAACAAAGGAAUUUGUUAUUAAUUUAUCAGGUGGGUCUAGGGGUAUAUUUUUCCUUCGGGGUGGGCGGAUAAGGCGGAUGGUAGGAGAAGAACCAUAUAGUUUUCCUUCACAGUUUUUCAGCCCCAACAAUUGUUCGCACUUGCGGUGUCUGGAGCUUUGGAGUGUGUCUUUGCAGCUGCCUUCUGAUUUCAAAGGAUGCCUGAACCUCAAGAGUCUUACCUUAGUGGAUGUGAGUAUCACAGAUGAAGAUGUUCAGUGUAUACUAUCUACAUGCAAUCUUCUGGAGUUUCUUGAGAUUUCCUAUUGUAGCAUGGUUACUAGCAUACGAAUGCUUCAUCCAUUGGACCGGCUUAUGCAUUUGGUAGUGGAUAUCUGCCGAAAACUGCAAGAAAUUGAGCUCAACUGUAGCCUAACAACAUUCCAGUACAGUGGCCGCACGGUUCCAUUGAAAUUUGCUUCAACAUCCAGGCUGACAAAUAUUAAUGUUGUGUUCUUGACUGACCAAUCUGCCCUUUCCUACAUGGUCACUGGUUUCCCAAGUACUUCGCCAAGGCUCGAGACUCUGACCUUAUAUUGUUAUGAGCAUGAGAGAACACUUGUACCUGAAGGGCCUUUCAAAUUUACUUGUCUACGGGAUUUGAGGUUGGAUUUAGUUUUCGCUGGCAAAGGAACCAGAAAUGUCGAUGUCCUUGAUUACGCUUAUCUCCUGGAGAUUGCUCCUUUCAUGGAAAAAAUGGAGUUGCGUAUGUGGAUACGGUGGCACCAUCAACCAUAUUGCAAAGAAGACGGAGAGCUAAGGAUUGGUCUCCCACACCAGCACGCCCAUCUCAAAUAUGUUCGUAUCAGUGGCUUUUUUGGCCACAAAGACCAGGUGGAGCUGGCACUUCACAUCCUUGGCAGUUGCAUGGUGCUCGAGAAGAUGGUGAUCACCCCAAAGCUAGAAAUAUCAACUAGCCAUUUUCAAUUAUCGGUCUCUGAAUAUAAGCAGCAUUACGUGGAUGGCCAUCGGGUCGCCACUGAAUUUGUCUGCAAAGCAGAUCAUCGCAAUGUUGUUAAUGUGGUAAAGGUGCGUACUGAGAAGCUGAGAUUCAUACCACCUGGCCCCCGUGACGGCGAGGAUCUGAAGAGGAGGGCUGUCGCGCUGACGACGACAUAGAGGACGUCCUCGUCCCGUGUAUAGUGCGCUAAAAUUUUUGGAGAUGAGAAAGUAGACUUGUCCAGAAUGUUUGAGCUGUUUUGACACUGUCGAAUCUGUUAGAUGUGCUCAGUUUUUUUUUCUGAGUAUUUGCUAACAUUA